UUUUUAGCAGAUUUAGCUCAUUCUCGUAUGUAUUCUGAAUCGAGUUCAACGUUUCAAUGGAUGUUAGUAAUAAGUAUCUAAUUCAACAUGUUCUGUUCCUUAUAAAAUAAUUCGUGGUUAUAGUUUGUGAUUGUGAUCAUCUUUGAGCUGUUUCAUAUUGCUACUUGCAAGUUGUUUCGUUGAAGUAUUAUAUCACUGCAACAGUCAAGAUUCUCGUUACCUAUCUCAACUCGCGACCAAGAAUUUAAAAUGGAUAUUCGAAAAUACUUUUGUGAGUGGAAAUUCAGAGACGAUUUCAUCGAACAAAUUAAAACUUUUGCCGUCUGGAGAGAUGGAAAAUUUCAUGGAAAUGCAUUUAUUAUUACGAAUAACAACGAAGUUUAUACAGUUGGAAGUAUUAUUGAGAAAUGUGCGGAAAAUCAUUCAUCAUUUUCAGAAUCCCACGCGGAAAAAAUUUCCCUGCUAUGUGGGAAAGAAAUUAAAAAAUUUGUAUACGGAAGCAACCACGUUUUCAUUUGCACUGAGGAAGGCGAAGUUUUUGGUUUUGGAAGAUCCUUUGAUGAAGCGAAAUAUAGAUUUGUUUUUCCGCAGAAAGUGUCUGCACUUGUGGGACUGUGUGUGGUGGAUAUAGCCAUUGGACCACAGGAGCAACAUUUGGCUUUAUGUGAUGAUGGAAAGCUUUAUAAAUUUGAAUUUGGCAAACCCUCCAGAUAUCUGAUCGACACCAGCGCGGUGGAAGGAAAACCAUUGAACGUACUUCAUGUAGAGAAAAAUUUUUGUAUUUCAUUGUUGGAGAAUGGAAAAGUGAUGAAGGUAGUCAUCGCUGACCAAGCGUUUUCGAACUGCAAUAUUUUUAAGAACAGUGAUGAAAAGGAUAACUGCGAAGUAAUGAUUUUUCGAAAUUGUACCGAUCAAGUCGAAGUCGAUCAUCCUAAAAUUACAAAACUGAUUAGCGGAUAUACUCACGCGUUCGCUGUAGAUGAACAGGGUCGCUUAUUUGUUACUGGCCAUGAUUACAGUGGACAGCUGGGACUCGGUGAUCCUGAAUCUGAUAUUCACUAUGAAUACUUCAAGCACAAUUCAUCGCUUACUGAAAGGGUUGUUGACAUUGCUGCUAGUGAUUAUUCUGUGCAAAAUCUUUCAGCAGCGUUGACUGAAAGCGGUAAAGUAUAUGUAUGGGGUGAAGGUCGAGGUCCAAAACUGUAUAAACCUCAACUGACAGCAUUCGAAUCUCUUCAUGAAGUUUUCCUUUAUUAUGCACUCAAUUUGGAAACUUACAAACCGAUAAAUGUUGACGAAUUAUCAGCUGUCACUUUUAAACCGAUAUCUCAUAUAAUUCCGAUUGAACGCAGUUUCACAGACGCUCAAAAUUUCUUAACAAAUUCGUUUGAAAAAGCUUUCGAUGAUCCGAAAUUCUGCGACUUGUUUGUCGUGGUGGAAGGUAAAACGAUUCCAGUCCAUAAAUCGAUAUUAGCAGUGCGAUGUGAACAUUUCGCCGAAGUAUUUCAGAAAGACUGGCCGAUUGAAGAACCGAGUGUUCUAGAAAUUGAAGACGGCGAUUUCAAAGUGUACAAAGCUUUCCUGAAAUAUUUGUACACAGACCAAAUCAAUGAUAAGUUAUCCUUCAACGAAAUUAUAGAAUUACUCAACUUGACAAAUAAAUAUAACGUAAAAUCAUUGGCCGAGCGUUGUGUAUUGUUGGUACAGCCAAAUAUUGCCAUUGAAAAUGUCGUAUCUUUAUACGAACGUGUAUCUGUUAUGAGAGAAAAAACGACGAUGAAAGAUAUUCUUGAUCAGUUGAAAGAAUCCUGUGUGAAAUUUGCCGCAAACAAUUUGUUCGCUAUUGGAGUUUCAGACGAAUUUGCCAAGUUGAAUGAAAAAAUAUCGAAAGAAUUAGUCGUAGAGAUUAGUAAACUUAAAUUUAAAGGAUAAAAUGUUCCAGGUUAGUUCCAGGGAAGUCGAAAUAUUACGUCCGUAGGUGUUAUUUUUUAUACGUGCUUACUGCUUAUUCAUACCUGAUACCUAUUACCUACCUGCCAAUGUGAUUUGAAAAAGACUUUGUACUGUAAUUUUAUUAUCCAUUUUAAUCUUCAAUUCGGGUUUAAUGUGAUCUAAUUUUAUACUUAUAUUUCCAUGGUUUUUGUAUAUUAAAGAUGAAUUUUUUUAAU